AUGGGUCCGGUUUUGGCGCGUUCGGAGGCGCGUCGAUCGCGGCGUUUGAGCCCUGCUUCGCGCCUCCGCCCCCCGCGAGGUACGCGGUCGGCGGCGACGCUCUCUCGAUUGAGAUGGACGGCACCCUCGGCACCCUCGACGGCACCCUCGGCGAGACCGCGACGACGACGGGCGGCUUUCGCACCGCGCGCGCGGGCCUGGACACCGCCGAGUUCGGCCGGGCCCUCGCGUCCCCCGAGAAGCCGAGCUUUUCGUCGGCGCUCUCCCCGCCGAUGUCCCCGGAGCACGUCAAGGCGGAACACGACGUGCUCGCCGCGCUCACGCUCGAGGCGGAGAUUGACGCGGACGCGGACGCGGACGCGGCUCGGGUCGCGGAACACGCCGCGCGUCACACGCCGAGUGGCACGGCGGACGCCCGCGGCGAUGCGGAAGGGCACGUCGCCGGGGUUGGACGCGCGAAGAUGCUACCGCCCCCGUCCACGAGAUCGGCGACCGUGCGACACAACUCGUGGACCGCGGAGAUUGACACGCACGAACAGGGUAAGCGUACCGACGACGACGACGACGACGACGACGACGACGAUGACGAUGACGAUGACGAUGCUGAUGACGAUGAUGAUGAUGAUUCGUCUCCGUCCGACUCGGAUUACACCUACACCGACGUGUCCUCGGACGAAGGUUUCGAUUCGGAGGGCGACGAGGCCGCCGUCCGCGAGGUUCUCGACGUCGCCGCCAAAUCCUUGGGUUCCACGGGCGACGCGGAGCGCAUCGGGGAGGCGAUCGACGCGAACCGCGGACGACCGUUCGCGAGGGCCGGGGAGGGCGGAAGGAACCCGGCGAACUCGAAGCCCGCGGCUCGGAGUCCCGGUCGACCCGCCUCGCGGCCCGAGCCGGACCAGACCAUCCUGCAGGUUCGAGCAAACAACGUGGAACGGCUUCGUUCGAUGUGCGCGAAGCAGCUCGGCGACGCGUUCGGUCCCGUGCACGAGUACCUGCGGGGCGUUCGGAGGAAGGAAGCGGCCGCCGCCGCCUCUGCUCGCUCCGGGCUGUCCUCGAUCGGCCCGGGGAUGUUCGGAGGGGAGGAUGCGGUGCUCAUCACGGAGGACGAGAUCAAGACGUCGCUGCUGCGCCUCGUCCGGGGAGACGAGCGGAAGCUGCAGGCGUGCUUCGCGGUGGACAUGUUGUGCUUCGAGGAGCGGAGCCUGGAGUUUUCGCUGUCCAGGAACGCCAGCGCCAGUAACACGGACGACGAGGCUUCGGAUUCUUCUUCCGAAGACUCUGACUCCUCCGACGCCGACUCUGAGUUUAACGAGUUUGGAACUCUCCGCCGACGCCGGGGUCGAGGGCCCCGCGGGGGCACGUGACGAGGUGCGCGUCGCGCCGCUAGCUGAUCAUCUCAUGACGACACGAAGAUACCUAAUCUAG